AUGGCCCUGAACGCUAUACCAUCUAAUCUAGAAUCUCUGCGCCUUGAGAAUCUCCCCGGCAUAACGGAAAAGAGCAUACAACGCUUCGCCAUCUCUCAGCAGGCAAUUUCCAUCCAAAAGCUGGCACUCAUAGACUUGGACAUUGAAAGUGUUCUCACCAUAGCAGACAUACUGUCUCCACACCUUGCGAGUCUAACAGAAUUCUCACUUGUUCAAACAAGCGCCCCUACCUUACUGUGUCGAAGCUCGGAGCCUAGUUUUCGAUCGCCGUCGCUUCGAUUUAUCCACUGGGAGUUAUGCUCUGAGGCUUCUCCUCUGCCUUCGUUCAUUUCGUCUUCGUCCAUUGAACUGCCAGAAUCGCGAACAUUCCCUUUCACGAAUCUCGAACCAAUCGCUUGCCUCGCGACGUCUCUGCUUGCGGUAGGUAUCCAGGCACACGCCUUCCCAUCGCUCCGUCGCAUUCGCAUACCUCACGAUCCCCAAGGCGUCAUCCAAUCGCUCUGUAAGCCUCUCGCAACAGCACUUCUCCCAUCCGAUACGUCCAAAUUUGCGACUGCGUCACGUAUCUCCACUUCAGACGGGUUUUCCAUCAUGCUAGAAGAGCCUGCUACAUUAUCACCCAAAAUGCAUGGAUCCUUUACCUACAGGGCGACGUCGGCAUCACGUGUAGAUUCUGUAGUCGGCUCUACGAUGUUCGAUCCAAGUCCUACAGAAGUCGUCCUUACGCCGAUGCGAUCGCGUCUCGUAGCACAGUCGCGUAUCCUUGCUGCUAGGAAGAAUGCGACCAUGGUCAUUCGCGUUUCUGACCCCGAGGGCAAAGUGAGAGUGAACAAGAUUAUCGGAGGCCAUGUCGGCCAUAUAGACAGUAAGAUUACUUACGACAUUAAGACGGCUGGGCGGAGUGGAUGGAUCACGGGGAUAGCUGACUUGGUCGGCGACAAGGGCACAGAGCUACUUCGGUGUGAUCGAGCAAGUUGUGGACAUCUUGUUAGUGGAGGAACCGGACACAGCGUCUCGAUGGCUGAAGAUCUCUUCUGA